AUGCCGGACAGCUGGGACAAGGACGUGUACCCCGAGCCCCCGCGCCGCACGCCGGCGCCCUCGCCGCAAACCUCGCUGCCCAACCCCGUCACCUAUUUCUUAAAGGCCUUCGACCUCCUCGUGGACCGGCCUGUGACCCUCGUGAGAGAGUUUAUAGAGCAGCAGCAUGCAAAAAACAAGUUCUACUACUACCACCGGGUGUUCCGCCGGGUGCCGGACAUCACCGAGUGCAAGGAAAGGGAUGUCUUGUGCAUGUUCGAAGCAGAAAUGCAGUGGAGAAGAGACUACAAAGUUGACCAAGAAAUUGUUAACAUUAUCCAAGAAAGGAUGAAGGCCUGUCAGCAGAGGGAAGGCGAGAGCUACAAGCAGAACUGUGCUAAGGAGUUGCAGCAGUUCGAACAGGUGGCCAAGGCCUACCAGGACCGAUAUCACGACUUGGGAGCCCAUUAUUCAGCCAGGAAGUGCCUGGCAAAACAGAAGCAGAGGAUGCUUGAAGAGAGAAAAGCUGCCAGAGCUGCUGCUGCUCACUAA